AUGCGUGGAACUGAUGAUCGCCAACGCAUACCUCAGUAUAGCAGAUUGGAGUGUAGACGAGCUUGCGGCGGGCAUGGUUAUUCAUCGGCCUGCGGUAUAGGUCAUAUUUAUAAUAAUUGGUUAGCGACUUGCACAUACGAAGGCGAAAACACUGUUAUGUACCUUCAGUCAGCUAAAUAUUUACUUCGUUGUGUCAAGAAUCCAAAGUCUGCACCUUUAGGUGUAUCAGCAGUCUUACAUAAUCCACCAUGUAAACAUUGGGAUAUUAAGAAUAUGCAAGAUCUAGAGAAGACGAAUACAGUACUAGAAGCUUAUAGAGCUAGAGCAUAUAAAAAAGUAGCUAUUGCUGAUAAAUACCUUCGCGAAUUACAAUCUGGUGGCGAUACUAGUUACGAUGCUUGGAAUAAAUCUGGAAUUAAAUUAGUGGAUUGCGCAAAGGCAUUUACUCACUAUUUCGUAAUAAAGACAUUUUUUAAUAUGAUUGAGAAAUCGCGCUUGGGACAAUCUUGUCAUCUACAGUUACAUAGACUAUCUAUUCUGCUAGCUUUACAUGGCAUAGAUCAAAAUACUGGCGAUUUUAUGCUUGACAACUUCAUCGAUUUUGAACAAAUCAAACUCAUUCGAGUAAAAAUAUUAGAACUAUUUAGUGAAAUUCGACCGGUCGCAGUUUGUUUAGUUGACGCAUUCGAUAUACCGGAUCAGACGCUACUAUCUGUUCUCGGUAGAUAUGAUGGCGACGUUUAUAACAAACUAUUCGAAUGGGCAAAAGAGGCGCCUUUGAAUAAAACUCAAGUUCGUUAUCUAUUAGUAGUAGUCAUAGAUUGUGUGUUCGUUUAUUUAGCUUAG